GUAUCCCCUCAACGUUCCAUCCGCGCGCCCCGGUUCCCCUCACAUCCUACAGCGCGCUACAUUGUAUCUCCUCAACGUUCCAUCCGCGCGCCCCUGUCCCCCCUUAUAGCGCGCUACAUUAUAUCCCCCUCAACAUUCCAUCCGCGCGCCCCUUCACCAUCCAUUACCAACGGUCCGACCGCGCGCCCCUUUCCCCUCACACUCCAUUCUGUCUCCGCGCGCCGCUCCCUAUAUCCGCUGUAUAUUCGGCGGGCCGUUUAUCGCUCGUUUUAUUAUCAUGGCGGCUUUGUAUUUGUAAAAUUACACCCCCUGCUAUACCCGACUCACUUCUGAUAAAUUCAAGGACUGGGCUGUGUUUUUUUUUUUUUUUUAGGUAUUUUUAUUAUUUACCAACGCGUUUUUUUUGCGGGUUUUCUGACGUAAUUUGCGGGUUACAUUGCGGGAUUUGUAUGUGAGGAGGGAAGAUGGCGGCGGCCGUUGGCGGAGGGCCAGGGGAGAUGGCGCACUUCACACGGUGGCCAUUAGAGCCCGGGACUGACUGACUGAGCUCCCUCCAUUCCUCACCGCGGCGCCGCCUCCUCCUCCUCUGUGCUCAGCAUUGCCUGUUAGAUUAUGUUUGUUUCUUGACAUGCAAGUCAAUAUUCUGAAGGGGCAGAGGAGUCUUUAUUUGUUACAAUGAUUUUGCUGACUUCAUUUUCAAAUGGAGUCCUUUAUGAUUGGCAUGUGGAAAGGCUGUGCUAAAGCUUUGGAAUACAAGCUGACAUGGACGAUGAUGAUGACGCUGGGCUUCUCGAUUUUAUUGGGGACGCUCAGGCAUUGAAUUAUUAUCUACACGGAUCAGGAGAUAAAUCUGAUGCUGAUGAAUUAACGGAUGCAGAUUUUUCAGCUUCAAAUUCAAACUCUAUUUUUGCCAAUGCUAGUCUUGCUGACGCUAAAUCGUCUGCUAAAACUGCACACAGCCCAGAGGAAGAAGAAUCCAAAGAUGGAAUGGAAUUGUCUACUAACAUUCAGUACUUUGACGGUGAUCUUGAACCAUCCCCUAUGCCAGACCUCACUGAGGACAUCCUACAGAAGUCAUUGCAGGAGGCCAACAUCACAGAACAGAUAUUGGCAGAAGAGGCCUACUUGGAUGCCAGCAUAGAAUCUGACCAACAGUUUCCUAAUGUUUCAUUUCACGCUCAUUCAUCAGCAUCGUUUACUCAGGCCAACACUGAUCCUAGUUACUCAGGCCAAACAUUACAUCCCGUAGGAGUGACCCAUGUGCCUGUAGGUGCGUCAUUUUCAGGAAACACUGUAGGUGUGCAGCAUGGUUUUAUGCAACAUGUUGGAAUUAUUCCUGGCCAGCAGAUGCCAAAUAGUGGCCAUGGCCGUUCUGGGCAGAUCCAUGUAAUUGGCUCCAUUAAUAGCCAAUCUCCAGUGAUGACUAUAAAUAAUCUUGAUGGUUCCCAGAUUAUACUCAAAGGUGGCCAACAAGUAUUACAAAGACAGACACCAAAUGGCAAUGCUGUCUUUGGAAGUCCAAACACAAGUCCAGCAGGACAACCAUUCAAUAGUGGCAAUUUUCAAGGAUCUUUACCUGUUCAUAAUAUUAUUAUUCAUAGAGGACCAGCACCAAAUUCCAACAAAUCUCACAUAAAUAUUCAGCCUAAGCCACAAGUAGGACAGCAGGUACCUUACAGCGUUAGUCAUGUAGGAGUACAACAUCAUCAUGGGCAUCAAGGUAUGCCGUUCGUCACAGCAGCCCAAAGUUCCUCUAUGAGUCAACAAAUGCCAGUAAACCAGCAAUGUUCUCGUAAACCAUCCAAUCAGCAGCCAGGUGGUGGUAGCAUUGUCAUUCAUUCUCCAGUUGGUCAACAACACUGUCAUCAGAACCAAUUUAUCAUUCCCGCUGGCCUUUCCCUAAAUAAUCAUUCAAUGCAGCAAAUCCAGGCCAUUAACCACCAACUCGCACAGACACAACAAUCCCAUCUGGGUUCUCAACAGGUUCCUGCCGAACACAUGUUGAUGAGCAGAAACUCAACAGGUAUGGUUAGGCCUAGUCAGCAGUAUCCAGGGCAAAUGUUACAUAGUCCAGGUUCAUCUGUGCAAAUUGUUCCUGGACAGUCAUUUACAAGUUCUGGAGGUCAAGUCAUUUUGAACCAUGGACCAUCCCAAAGUGUGGGAGGACAGAUGGCCCAGCUGUCUCCUACACUACUGCAUUUGUCUCCUGGUCAAAGCACCACCAUUCUAGGAAGAUCGGGCAUCUCUUCAGCGCCAUCUAGUUGCUCAAAUAUGCAAUCUGGAAACCGCUACACCAUUGUAAGUUCUGGAGCCGGACUUCAGCGAACUGGAGUGGGAUUUCCACGAGGAACGGACAGUUAUAUAACAGAGCAGGAACAGAACAGAGCACAAACUGCAAUGAAUGAAGCUCAUCUUCAGUCCUCCAGUUCUCAAACCAGCAGCAGUUUAAGUCCCCAAACAGCUUCUCAGCAGGCAUUUUCCCUUAACCAGACUGCAAAAUUACUCUCCAAUCCCCUCUCUCCAGUUUCAAUGAAAAACCAAUCUCACGCACACAUUGCUUCACUGACAGAUCCUAACUCUGGAAGUAAACAAAUACAACAUCAUUUAUCACAGCUACAGAAUGCUAAGGUUGAAGGACAUAACAGAGGAUUGAAGAGGAUGUCCACCAAACAACUCACAAAAGAAACUCUAAUUCAUCAGCAGGUGCAUAGAGACCAAGAACAAGCUCUGGAUCCCAAUAAGAGCCCAUUCCAGUCGCUGGGUGAUGCUGUCCAGAGGCUUCUCCCAUACCAUGUGUUUCAGGGAUCACUGCCCACCAACGACGAAAUGCAGAAAGUGGACAAUGAAUUUGAAGCUAUGGCCACGCAUUUCCUAAAAAAGACCCAGGCAAUGCUAAACAAAUACCGUUUGCUGCUUAUGGAAGAUGCAAAGCGCAUCACUCCUUCUGCAGAAAUGGUGAUGCUGGACAGAAUAUUUAACCAGGAAGAAAGAGCCGCUCUUACACGUGAGAAACGAACAGCACUGGUUGAUCCUGAUGCGUACCUUACAGAAUUCUGUUGCUAUAGUAAAUUUCACGAAGAUCCUUCAGAGGAAAAGCAGCUCAGCAAUCAUGACCUGGACGCAGAGCUAACCAGUGGUGGUUCCUCGCCAACGGACAGUAAUACGAAAGAUCAGACAGCUUCAAGCUCACCUAAGAUUCCAGAUUCCCCAUGUUUAGUGCCUACUGACAAUUUACCAGUACCUACAUGUAACAAUUCUCCUGAGGAAACAGAAGGCCUUAAAAAAGAUGCUGUGUUGAAGAACGUAGAGUUUUCCCCUACGAAAGAACUCAUUGUAAACCUUUGCAAACUAAAGGGUAAGUACACCUCUUGUCCUUCAGAAACCUACACGUUGUGUAAAGCCUCAAAAGAACCUCCAAAGUCCAUUCCUGAUUGUGGAUCACAAACGGACCCCAACGAUGCAGAAAGCCCCCAGAGCAAAACUGCAGGACCCUCUCUAGAAACCACAGGCAAGCAAACUAACAUUAUGGUAAACAGCAAAAGCAUAAUGAGUAGCGAGAAUGUAAAAGCAACGGUCAGAAACGUUCUGGAGCUUAAACUUAGCGCAAAGCACUUGAAAAGCGAGGUCUCCGGUAGCAGUUCCGCGGAAACGGAACUUAAAAAAUGCUCCGAAGACCACGGCAUGGACAAGCCAGUUUCACAAACUAGAGAAGGGGCGGCAGAAACUGAUUCAGUUUUAGAAGCAGCUGUAAAUAGUAUUUUAGAUUGCUAAACAAUCUGCAGAACAUUGUGUAGGAUGCACAUGACGCAAGUGGAUGAAGAGCAAUAGUGAUUUAACUCACAGAAGAUGAAGAUGGAUACAAAAACAUCAGCUGAGAUGGCUUUCACGUUUGAUGGAUUCAAGAAAGCCCGCCAUAGACAAUCAGGAAUGAUCUGCACAAGCAGGUCAUUUUGUGAAUUCAUAGAUGGUAACAUGUUUUACAUUUUUCUUUUUGUUGGGUUUCAUUAAAGAUGCAGUCUUGCCACCAACACAUAACAUGAUCUAUCUCCACUUUUAAGCACUGCAGCUGAAAAAUAAAAAAAUAAAUCCUACACUGAUGGUGCUUAUCUUCAGGCCACCAUACUAUGUUGAUGGCAUUUGUUUAUUUGCUGGGACCAAAGCGUACAGAUGAUGGAAGCUUGCAUGGCCCUGGGAGUUAAACAAAUCCUAUGUAGCUUAGCUGAUGUAGACUAAAGUUUAGAAUCACACAGGCAACCUCAAACCACGUUGACAGCGAUAUUUGCAUUAAGCCUUAUUUUUGUAUCUGAAGGAAGAACAUGUCUGUUUGCCUAUAGCAGCCACAUAUUUUUCCCAUUUCAGUAUGAGAACAUAAAGGGGGAUGUAAAUGGCUAGUAGAGGCAAUGAUAACAGUUCUCACUUCUGAUACUUUGUUUUGUUGCACUAUAUGUUAUGGGGGACUGCAGCUUUACUGAAAUACAGUGUACACGUGUACCACUCCACUGGGUUUGGAACUAACCAGCUUCUAUGUACCAUUACAUAUGUUUUAUUUGCUAGCAAUGUCAAUGUUGGACUUGGAUGAUUUGUAAGGGUAUUCAAUAAAGCGGUGCAAGGAGCAAUGAGGAAGCACAAAGUACUGUACAGUAGAACCUUGGUUUGCGAGCAUAAUUCGUUCCAGAAACAUGCUUGUAAUCCAAAGCACUUGUAUAUCAAAGCAGGGUA